AAUUCUCUGUUGCUCAUCUCUCUUGUUGAUAACAGCCUAGUAUCAGAAGCUUCUUAAGUUUGGUCUGAAAAUCAGAUCGAGAUGCGAUUGUUAUGUUUAUUACUCUGUUGGAUCUCGUUUCUAACGUUAUCAAUCUCAAUCGUUGCAUCGUCGGAUGAUCAAUUCACCGUCGACGGAACAGUACUAGAACUCACAGAUUCGAAUUUUGAUUCGGCGAUUUCAACUUUUGAUUGCAUCUUUGUUGAUUGCUAUGCUCCUUGGUGUGGCCACUGCAAGCGUCUCAAUCUCGCUUUAUUGCAAGUAGAUGCAACUGCUCCAAUUCUAGCUAUAUUGAAGCAGCUCUAUGACCAUGGAGUUCCAAUGGAGUACUAAGGAUCAAGGAAAGCAGAUUUGCUUGUCCGUUACUUGAAGAAGUUUGUUAUGCUUUGGUAUGCUUCGUUGUUAUAUGCUAUGGAAUUGAGGUUGGCUCUGGUUUGCCUUGUGUGUUAUGUUAUAGACAUGGAAUAUAGUAAUGUGAUCCUUUUGUUUUAAUAGGAUUGUUAGAAGAAUCAAACUCUUUUUUUUGAUGAUGUUGUCAGAUUGUGUUGUGUCUCAGAGAAUCAAGUUCAAGCGGUUUGUAGACAAGGAAACAGUUGAGCAAAUGACAACUCUUAGAGAGAUUCCAGAGAUAAAACCCGGUUACAUUGUGCAGCUAAUAAAAGUCAUAUACAGUUUGCCUAGAUUGUAAUUUCUUUUUCUUGUGGGAAUGGGAUCAAGCUAUCUUUCAUCUUCUAAGUGAAACCUUUCAUAGGCUUGCCAUUUACUUUGUUUGAACAGGAAGUGCCUGAGAACAAGAGGCUUGUAUUCAAUUGUAGAAGCCGUCGUCGUAGCAAGGCGUAAUGCUGGUCUUAACUCAACAUAUAGAAUUAGAAGGCUUGUUGCUGGAGUGGGCGUAGAAACCAUGUUCCCCUUGUAACUUCAAGCUUGUGCAACUACUUUAAUAUCUCUGUGCAAUGGUGUUCUUGGUUGUAAUGUCUCUAGUACUCUCUUAAUUGAUUGUACAAUGUCUUGUACGAGUAAAAACAAACAUGUAUU